AUCGUCUAAGGCCUGGCUUCAAGGAUGGACUAUGUACUGCUGCUGCUGUCCCUGUGGGCUCUGACUGGAACUGUGUCCCUGCAGGCUUCAGGGUCGUGUCCAGAGAGACUUCUGGGAGAGGAGAGGAGGAGAACGUGUCCUCGGCCCUGCAAAACAGACAAAGACUGUGGCCCCAAGCGCCAAUGUCUGUGUGACGGCCAUUGUGGUCUCAGCUGUGUGGCUCCAGGUCGUACUUGUCCCUGGCCUCUAACCCCCAGUGAAAACUCAAUGGCUCGCCUUCUCUCGCCCACUCAAUCCUUUUCUGCCCUGCUUGAAGUGCGCUGCAAGCCAGGAUUCGCAUUGCCCAAUGGCUUGGAUGCCACUAUUCGCCGUUGUCAAGGUGACCGACAGUGGAGUGGGGAUGAGCCCAUCUGCACAGAGUAUCUUCCUGCCGAGAGACAAGCAGAAGAGACUCAGCAGCCAGAACCUGCCGCUGACCAAACCUGCACUCUGCCCGAGGAAGUGAUCAAAACCUUCAGUAUCCAGGGCGACGCUGCUGUAGGAACCUCCAUCCGCUACAGCUGCCUGUCAGGAGCGGAUAUAGUGGGGAGCAGUGAAAACUUCUGCCAGGAGAAUCAAACCUGGCAGUAUCCUCACCCCAUCUGUAAAAGCAUGUACUGCCAGCCUCCUCGAGAAGUGGAGCAGGGCUACGUAGUGGCUGUCCAGAAGACAGAAUAUGAAGUGGGCUUUGACAUCCACUACCUCUGCAAAAAGAACUUCCUGCUUGAUGGACCCCAGAAGGUCACCUGCCUGUCAAAUGGCAGCUGGAGUGCAUCACCCCCAUACUGCAGAGCUCGCUGUGUCAUCCCUGCUGAGAGAAGCCGUGUGGUGAUUGGCGGGGUGAAGCGUUGGCCCUUUGACGUUACAGAUGCCAUGGUUCCUCAUGGGGAAAAUGUGACAUUCUACUGCAAACACCCUCGCAAGCAGUGCACCUUCACUGCAACCAAGACUUGCUUUGAUGGAAAGCUGCAGCCACCAGCCUGCUACCUUGAGCCCACAUGGUUGCAGUAUAAACUCUUCCCUCAUCGGCUGGUCUCAGAGAUUGAAGAGUGUGAGCCUGGUGAUGUGGAAUAAUGACCUCCAUGUGUGACCUCCACCCGCCCAACACAUCCUGACGCACACCAGCACCAUGAACUCUCUGCAGCUUCACUUACACUAUACUAGAAUGUCACAAUCUAUGCUAUGAUUAUGGUCUGUUAGAUGCUGUAAAAAUGGAACUGUGCUCCUUUGCAUCAGCAGGCUUAAGCUGUACAUCUCUCCUGUGCUUGUGGCCUUUGUCACUCUCUCCUGCAUAAUAUCAAACUGCAGGUUUAAUUAUAACCCCUCAAGUAUUACUUUGAACCUCCUUCAGCUUGAGCCAAUGCAUAUUGUAGAUGGCAGUGUAUAUAUAACACAUUUAAUACACGCUAUACCAUUUGUUAUGCCUGGGAUCGUACCUUCAUGUAGCCUAACUCAUAAUGGCUUGACUCUGUGAUAUCUCACUAUGUGAUCUUUCUUUCCUCUGUUGAGCCGGACG